UAGUAGUUGUGGAGCCAUGCCACCUGGCAACACUGGCAGACUUCCAGCAGCUGGCUUAUCUUAUUUAUUUGUGUGGUGUUUUUGGGUACAUUUAAAAUACUGCACUGUUAAACUCGGGUGUGCAGUUCGCUCUUUGUGCGUUAAAUUGGUGGAAGAGGGCGCAGUUGAUCUGCGAACAGUUCCACACGCUGGAACCCAUAGCUUGCAUCGGCGAUUGGUUGGCAAGGCACCACCUGUAGCAGCCUGUAGUAUAGGAUAGGGAUAGGGAUACAGAUACGGACACGAUGAGCUGCUUUAGUGCGAUGAGUGCCCCACUGCUCGGCGAGAUGGAGCAGACCAUCGGGAUGCUGGAGCGGGGGACCAUCGUGACCAAGCUGUACGGGAAGCAGCGGCGGCCGGACCGUCGCCACCUGAUGCUCAUACGGGAGACGCGGCAGCUGCUCUGGGCCACGGUGGCCACGCAGACGCCUCGCACCGACUACGAGGGAGCUAUCCAGCUGCGCGAGAUCCGGGAGAUCCGGGUGGGCAAGCACUCCAAGGAGUUCCGCUUGUUCGCCGACGAGUGCCAGCGGUUCGAGAGCAGCAAGUGCUUCGUCAUCCUGCACGGCAGCCACUUCAAGCUGAAGAGCUUCUCGGUGGUGGCCCUUUCGGAGAUCGAGGCGGACAACUGGGUGAGGGGCCUGCGCUACAUGGUCAGGGACACGCUGGCCGCUCCAUACCCUCUGCAGAUUGACCGCUGGCUGCGCCGGGAGUACUACCAAAUCGAGAACGUCAACUCGCACUCAGCCAAGGCCACGGAGCAGUCGCCGGCGCAGGUGACGAUCAAGGACUUUAAGCUCUUUUUGGCCGGGGUCAGCUGCAAGAUGACUACCGGAAAGUUUAUGGAGCACUUCACCGAGGACGUGCGCCGCAAGCACGACCUCAAGUUCGACGAUUUCUCGCGGCUCUACCAGAAGCUGCUGUUGCCCAACAGCUUUGCCAGCAUCCUGUCUGGAUCGGGAGCGGCUGGCUUCCCGUACUCGGAGGACCAGCUGGUGGUGCGGCCGGCGGAGCUGAAGCAGUUCCUGGAGGCGGAGCAGCGCGACCUCAGCACAAGCGAAAUCAGUAACGCCUCCAUUGCCGCCUUCAUUCGGGACUUCGUGCAGGAUGUGGAGCGCGAUGUGCAGGAGCCCUACCUGACCUUCCCCGAGUUCGUGGACUUCCUGUUCUCCAAGCAGAACGACCUAUGGAACAGCAAGUUCGACUCGGUGUUCAUGGACAUGAACCUUCCGCUGUCCUCCUACUGGAUCGCCUCAUCGCACAACACCUACCUAACUGGCGACCAGUUCUCCAGCGAGUCCUCCUGCGAGGCCUAUGCGCGCGCCCUGCGAAUGGGCUGCCGCUGCAUCGAGCUGGACUGCUGGAACGGGCCCGACAACCUGCCCUACAUUUUCCACGGCCACACCAUGACCUCCAAGAUCAAGUUCAUGGACGUUAUCAAGACCAUAAAGGACCACGCCUUCAUCACCUCCGAGUACCCAGUGAUACUGUCCAUCGAGCAGAACUGCUCUUUGGAGCAGCAGCGCAACAUGGCGCAGGCCUUGAUCGAGGUGUUUGGGGACAUGCUUCUUUCCCAACCUUGUGACCGGAACGAGAAACACUUGCCCUCGCCAUACCAGUUGCGUCGCAAGAUUAUCCUAAAGCAUAAGAAGUUGCCGCAGUUUGACGAUAUCAGCAAUGGGAUUUCUGGCACAGGGUCGUUGGGCCCCAGGUCUUCAUUGGCCAGCGGAGGUGGUGGAGCCCACGGGGAGAACGAUGGCGAGAAUGUGCGCAAGGUGUUCAAGGAGGGAUUGCUGUACUUUAAGGACCCGGUCGACAAGUCCUGGAAUCUUUACCAGUUCGUGCUUACCCAUCAGGAGCUAAUCUACUCCUCCGAGAUUAAUGAGUCGCGGAACGGGAACUCGGAGGAUGAUGACUUUGGGCUUUCCUCGUCGUGUUCGCUGAACAGCAACAUGCAGCAGAAACAGAAGGAUACGUCGGCCAACGACGAGUUGCACUUCGGCGAGAAUUGGUUCCAUGGAAAGCUGGAAGGUGGCAGGAAGGAAGCAGACGACCUACUCAAGCAGUACAAACAUUUUGGGGACGGAACAUUUUUAGUACGCGAAUCGGCCACAUUUGUAGGAGACUAUAGUCUAUCAUUUUGGCGACGAAAUCGACCCAAUCACUGCCGCAUUAAGUUGAAGCAUGAAAAUGGGUCUAUCAAGUACUAUUUAGUAGAGAAUUUCGUUUUCGAUUCACUUUACUCCUUGAUAGUUUACUACCGAAAGAACAUGCUGCGAAGCUCAGAGUUUUCGAUUAUACUGAAGGAGCCUGUUCCGCAGCCGAAGAAGCACGAGGACCAGGAGUGGUUCCACCCAAACACCACCAAGGAGCAGGCCGAGCAGGGUCUAUUUAGACUGGACAUCGGCUCGUUCCUUGUGAGGCCGUCGGUGCAGAGCAUCAACGCGUUUGUGAUCUCGUUCACUAUCAAUCGGAAGAUAAAGCACUGUCGCAUUAUGCAGGAGGGUCGUCUGUACGGCAUCGACACGAUGAACUUCGAGUCUCUGGUCUCGCUUAUCAACUACUACACCCGCAACCCGCUCUACCGCAAUGUUAAACUCAGCCACCCGGUCUCUCAGGAGCUGCUGCGUCAAGCACUAGCGGAGGUCGCCCAGGGCGACCACAGUGGCAGCCUCGACGACAACGGGGCCUCCAACUACAUGGGCUCCCACCUGGAGGAGUAUGUCACCUGCAAGGCCCUCUACAGCUACAAAGCGAACAAGCCCGACGAGCUUUCUUUUCCCAAGCACGCUAUCAUCACGAACGUGCAGCGGGACAACUCGAUGUGGUGGAUUGGGGACUACGGCGGAAUGAUAAAGAAACAUCUGCCGGCAAACUACGUUAAGGUUAUUGAUUCCGCCACGGAAGACUACAGCUCGUUGAACGAGGAAGGUUCCGAUGGGCGCACCGACUCCAUUGAGAUAUUCGGAGCUGUCGCCUCGCUUUUUGAGUCUAACGAUCCAGGCAUUAUCUUCAAGCUGCAGAUACAAACGCCAACGAUGCAGAAUCCUUUCGUAAUCGGUUUUGACAACCAAGAGACGGCCUACGAGUGGGUGAAGGCCAUCCAGGAAGCGGCCCUCAUCGCCAGCCAGCUGGCAUCGGAGCGACGGAAAAAGGAACGCACUGCCCGAGUGGCCAAGGAGAUGUCCGACCUGAUCAUUUACUUCCGCAGCGUGCCUUUCCGCGAACACUCGUGGAUAUUUCAGGAAAUGUCCAGUUUUCCUGAAACGAAGGCGGAGAAGCAAUUCUUCCAGCAGAACACGCAGCUCUUCCUCUCUUAUCACCGCAACCAGAUCAGUCGAGUGUACCCAAAGGGUCAGCGGCUGGACUCGUCGAACUUUAAUCCCAUGCCGUUCUGGAACAUCGGAUCACAGAUGAUCGCUCUGAACUACCAGACGGGUGACAAGGCCAUGCAGCUGAACCAGGCCAAGUUUAGGAACAACGGGCAGUGCGGUUACAUCUUGAAGCCUGCGUUCAUGAAGUCCGAUGGCUUUAACCCCAACCAUCCCUUGACCGACAACUUCAGCGAGGUGAAUGUAAGCAUUCGCGUUAUCGCGGCCCGCCACCUGUUUCGGGGGGGAAAGUCAAACAAUCCACAGAUCGUGGUUGAAAUAAUUGGCGCGAGCUACGACACCGGCGUCAAGUACCGCACCAAAGUCAACGAAAACGGGUUCAAUCCCGUGUGGAACGAGUCGUGCGAGUUCAACGUGCGCAAUCCGCAAUUCGCGAUCCUUCGCUUCGAAGUGCAGGACGAGGACAUGUUCGCUGAGACGCACUUCAUCGCACAGGCCUGUUAUCCACUGACCUGCAUACGGCAAGGCUAUCGCAGCGUCAUCAUGCGCAACAAGUUCAGCGAAGAGCUGGAACUAUCGUCCUUGCUGGUCAACAUCAAGAUCGCAAAUGCCACUUCCUCAUAAAUGGAUUCGUGUCUUGUUAAGUAUAUCGGAUCAUUGAUGGGUGUAUUGUACUUUCUAUUUAGAGUGCGGCCAAUGACUCCAAAUCCACAUGUAAGUGUGGAUUAGUCGAUUGGUUAGAAAAACAAUUGUGAACUAAAAGAAAGCAAAGCUAUUUCGCAAAAGCAAUUUGUCAAUCGCUGUACAUACAUAAUUCCAUCAAACUAUGACCUGAUUCUCCGACUUAUACUAGUUUUAAAAGGAAGAAACUUGAAACGUGUUUUGAUUUUAUUUAUAUUUAUUUCUAUACACAUCUUGAGUAUGAAAAUGCAUACUAUACUAUUAGUAUUGAAGUAAUCGAAAUCAUUCAAAUCAAAACAUAAACUAAAUUGUUGUAAUCUCUACGAAUGAGUUUUACUUUUCCUAAAUGUGAGGGUUUAUCUGAAUGAAAGUCUUUUACUAAAAUCUAUUUUUCGUCAAUCUAUAGUUUUUCUAUGGUUUUAUUAAAUAAAAUAUAAAGUAAAUACAUAACCGAAGUUCCACUAAAGUCGUUUUAUACAAUAUUUUUAAUUUUAAAAAAUUCAUGUCAACAUUUUAUCAUGUAAUUUUAAAAUGGCAAACGAAAAUCUACUUUUUCAGCUUAGACUUUAAUUCAGGAGAACAAACUAUAUUAAGGAUAAGAUAAAAUUAUCCGUAGAGGUGCUUAGCCCUGAGUUUUGUUUUAAAAUCACUACUCAGCUUUUCAAUAAUAGAAAAUCAGAAGUAAUCAAGUACAUUCUUGAUGGACUUUGGAAAGUUUUACUUUUACUUACUCAAUGCACAUUCAAUUUGCAUAGAUCCAGUAAAUUCAAAAUUUGUAAUUAUUUUUUAAAUAUUUGCUCUACAAUUAUUAAAAGUUAUUGAAUUUUAUUUUUUAGAUCAUCAUUAAAUAAGUUUUAUAUUCAUUUUGAACCGAAGAAUAAUUAAUUUGUUGCACUGCGACAACCAAAUUCUUUAAAGUUUUAAAAUGAUUUUUUUUAAAUCUAAAAGUUAAUUUCUUCCACCUAAACUCCAAUCCAAUUUUAAUUGAAUUGUACUGGAACAAAUUUUGGGAAUAUAUCGUAUAAUAUGAAUCAAAACAUAUCAAGCAUACGAUUCGAAGAUCAAAAGCAUUUAUUUAACAUUUUAUUUUCAGUCUAAGAAAUUAAUUUAUGUUUUAGAAAAUUUGGGAAAUUCCUUUAAAAUCUUUAAAUUUUUAACUAUGACUUUACUAUAUUUUAAUUAAGUAAAAUAAGAAAUAAGCUUGGUGAUUCGGAUAUCAUUUGUAAACACCCUUCCCAAAUGAUAACUGAAAAAGCAAUUUCCUUGGAGUGUUGAUGACCUUCUGUUUAUCCAAAGGCUUUAACCGACCAUAUAAUAUUUUUAUCUAAAUUAAAUUUAGAUAUAUAUUCAGGGAUAAAGGGAUUAGCCCCAAUGAAAUUCCAAAAAUAGGGCAUUUUCUUAAUGUAUUACUGGUACGAAAACUAAUACAUUUUUUUAACAAUAUCAUUAUAUUUCACAUAUCUUAGAAUUUUUGAAUUAACAAACACCGCGUUUUACGGUGACCAAUUUUGACCAAUUUAACUAGUGAUUGUCAGUUUAAAAAAAUUGUAUUUUUUUACCAAAAAAAGUUAAAAGCUUUAGUUUUACAGACAAAACUAUCAAUCGUCAUUUGUAUCGAAUAUAAAUUUUUCGAGAAAAUCGCGAUAACAGUUUCAACUUCAGUGGUAAACUCAGCAGAUUCUUGUUGCUCUAAGGUCAUAUCUCUGUCAACAUUGCUCGUAUUUAAAAAAAAAAAAAUUUGAAAAAAAUUACUAAGCUCUUUCCAGCAUUUUUUUUAGAAGAAAUAAUCAAUAACAUUUCGUUUACUGAUCAUGAAAAGCCUUCACAACUUAAAACCCGCGCACAAAUUUUAAUUUUCUUCUAAUAUAUUAUGUUCUUAAUUGGCUUACCAAAAAAUGUUAUUCUAAAUAAUUCUUAAUAAUUAAAAAUGGCUUGUUUUGACCCGUGAUAGUUGUUAACUAGUGCCUUAAAAUGCAAACUAUUAACUUGGACAUUCUAAUUCUAAAACUAGUAUUAAGUUUCAUUUCCAAUAAACUGUUUUCAAGAUAUACACAAAAAGCAUAUUCAGUCCCGGUACAGUUUUCACUCGAAAAUGGAGUUGUUAAUUGGGUUUUCCUCUAUCAGAACUAAUUUCGUUGGUUGAGGAGAAUAAACGAUUCUUAAGAAGAAGAUGACUUACAUGAAAUGAAAUUGCACUUAAAUAACACAAGGAUAAAAAUAUGAAGAUUUUUUAGAAGAUUAUUUAAAUUCAUGUUAUUACAAACUUGGUUAUAGGUUCUUUAUAGAACAUUGAUGUUUUUAAAUUCAUUUAUUCAUUUAACUUAGCAUUCCCAUUCAUUCAUUCUUAUAAAACCAAAAAAAUUUAAAUUCCGCUUCUUACAGACGGAAAAACAUGACUUGAUCGACUCUACUGAUGAUCCGGAUUAAGAAUACAUACUUUUAAACGAAUACAAUCCACUCAAAUUAGUUUAAAAAAAUCUUUGCGCUUGACUCUAAUCUGCGGGAUUUACCAAUUCUAAACUUAACCGACUAACGUAAUUAGAUACCCAUUACUAUACCCAUUACUCUAAGAGUUAAAGGUUAUAUUUUAUUUUUGGAAAGUAUGUAUCAGGUAGAAAUAAGCGUUUCCGACCCCAUAAAGUAUAUAUAUCCUUGAUUGGGAUCAACAGACAAGUCAAUUAAGCCAUGUCCCUCUGGCUGUCAUAAGUUUAGGGUUCAUACGCAGCCACGCCCCCAAAAUCUAUCGACACUCCAAAAAUGUUUCAGAUCGCACAAUUGCUUUGGAAGUUAUAGGUCAUAUUAACUGUUAAUUAUGACGCACUGCAUAUUUCAAAAACGAAAUUCAAAUAUUUAAGAGUGCGGAAAAGGGCGAAAUACUGUUAGCGGGGGCGGGGCGCAGGUCGUUUUCAGUUUGAGGUGUUGGCACUGCAGUCCGGCAGAUGGCCCCACCUAAAAUUUUCAAAAUGCGCCAUAAAUGAGUAAGGCGGUACACUCGACUACAGCCUUCCUUUUAUGUAUUUGGUAAUUUAAAUAUAAAAGCUAGGAAAUAUAUGAGAUCGGUUACAAGCAUUUCUCGAUUUGAUGAGUGGGAAUUUAAUUCUCUCGGAGUUAAAUGGGUAUCGACAGGUUUACAAUCUAAAACAGAUCUGUAUUCCAUAUGAAUGCGCUUAAAUUAUCGAAUUUUAUUUCCAUAUGCGUGCUUUUAGAUACUUCUCUAUACAUUUAAUUGUCAUGCAUUUGCAGUUAAUUUAACCCAUAUAUCUAAAUCGGACAUUUUUGAUUAAUCAUUUUAAGUACCCUAAAUGUAUUUAUAUUGCCCUUUCCGUUUUAAGUGUAUGUAUCUGUAUCCGUAUGUCUAAAAUAUAUAUUCCUCUAUUUUGUAAACGCAAUAUUUUCAGUAAACACACAAUAUGUGUACAUACAUACAAUAUUUAAUGCCAAAUAAAUAUUUUCCGGCGAUAGCUGUAUAUGUAUA